UGUAUUUUGUGUUGUUGUUUAUCAUUGUCAAUUUGAAUUUAGUCUGUGUAACUUUUGUGAAUUUUCAUUUCAAGUGAUUUUAUAAAUUUACUACUAAUUAAACCUAAACAUGUCUGGACGUGGUAAAGGAGGUAAAGGUCUUGGAAAAGGUGGUGCUAAACGUCACCGAAAGGUUUUACGAGAUAACAUCCAAGGUAUUACUAAGCCAGCUAUCCGGCGUCUUGCCCGAAGAGGUGGUGUAAAACGUAUCUCUGGACUUAUCUAUGAAGAAACUCGUGGUGUAUUGAAAGUUUUCUUGGAAAACGUUAUCCGUGAUGCUGUAACAUACACUGAGCACGCUAAGAGGAAGACUGUCACUGCUAUGGAUGUUGUAUAUGCCUUGAAACGACAAGGAAGAACCCUUUAUGGUUUUGGAGGUUAAUUCAAGCAACCCAGUCAACCUUUUUAUAUCAUCAAAUUUUCAUCACCACUAUCAUCACAUAAUCAUCAUCAUCUUCAUUUUAUAAUCUUCAUCAUGAUUUAAUAAUCAACCAAAAACGGCCCUUAUCAGGGCCAAUACAUAUUUGACUAAAGAUUUGUUUAACUACUUCUGGUAUACCAAAAAAAAUAUCAAAUCAAAAGACUUGUAAAUGUACAUCUUCUCUUUGCUUAGAAAUAUAUGUGAUUUAAUUAACUUAUUGUAA